UCAUGAAAAAAAAAGAAAAGGCUCGCUCCUCGCCCACGCUCUCCUCCGACGGCUUCGCAGCCGUUCCUUGCCUGCUCCGUCGCCCCCUACCUCCACUCCACUCCCUCCCGUGCUUCCUCCCACUCGACGGCAUCAGCAAAUGAGGCGGCAGCCCUCGCGGGUCGUCCAGCGGCACGGAGACUGUGGGAGGAGCAGCCUCGUGUCAUCUCUGACCAGCAGCAGCGGGCUGGUGGUAUUGCCCGCCAGCAGUUCGACGAAAUGCCGAGGCCUCAUGGUGGAGUUAUCUAUAGCACCAAGAGUUCUGCGGUUUGGUAGUCUGCGGAAGGGUAACUUGAUCCAACUGAGAAUAUGUCACUAUCCUUGGGGGAGGAGCAGCCUCGUAUCAGUUCUGACCAGCAGCAGCGGCAGGCUUGUGGUAUUGCCCAGAAGCUGUUCGACAAAAUGCCGAGGCUUCCUGGCGGAGAUACUAUAGCACCGACGGUUCUGCGGUUCGCUGGUGUGCGGAACGAUGACUUGACCUGACCGGGAAUAUAUCACUAUGCUUACCAAUGGAUCUCUCGCUGUUUCGCAAACUUUCCGUCUUAUAAAGGAAUGCAGGCUCUGUGGUCAGCUCAUCUUUAGUGGUCAUUCACCCACUUGGGCUGCUCUGCCUUGUAAUGACCGAGAAAGGCUUUGCUUUUCCCAGAUUCGGAUUUUCUAUCGUGAUUUUCAGUGGAACCAUUCAUGUUCAAUCCAUGCCUGCUGUCCAUACAAGACUUUCCAGAGGAAGGGUCAUCUCACUUACGUCUGUUUUUCCUCAGGUUCGUGGUACAAACUAAGCUUCAGAUGCUAGGUGAGUUCUCAAAAACUGGUAAUGUUUCCAACAUGUGUAAUUGUGUGGAGGGAGGGAUUAUGCAUGUACCUACCUGGCAAAUGGUCACUCAAUGGGAGUACUGACUGUACUUAUAAAUUAACUACGAGGAUCAGAACAUCUCUAGCAUAAUCCCUAUAUGGAUCCCUAUGCCUAAAAACUGUCAAAAUGGGAGGAAAACCCACUCUAGCAGAUUCUCUAUAUGACACCUUAUCCCUAUAAUGUUUAGUGACAACCCUAGAAACGCGGUGAAUCCCACCUCUUCCGCCCCUAUCCAUAUACUUUUGAUUCGGUGAAGUCGGCAUACUCUAUAUGUUCUAGUGCCAGAGAAUGCAAGAUAAAUGCCUCAGUAAAUUGAAGGAAAGGGGCUGGACAAAUACUGUUUUGUCCCUUGUGCCUGGUACAUGAUGACACGGCCAUGCUCAUCCUACUGUAAUGCUCCUGCACCACGCUACAAAUCAUUUGAGAAUACUAGUUUCUUCUAUUUUCAUGGCAACGUUUGAUGAAUUAUAUUUGUUUCCUUUUCAUGAGUUGUAGGGUAAUUUCAUUCUUGCUUGUUUAGUUCCAUAAUUUGUUUUCUCACUCCUGCCUUUUCUCUUAUAGCAUGAUCGGUUGAACAUGAGAAGCUUAUACUUAGUUGCAUAAUAAUAUAUACUUGUACAUGCAUCUGUACAGUCACUCGACUUUUCUUGUCAACAUGGUAUUUCUUAUUAUUCUUGUUCUGAUUAAUCAGUUAUGGCUUUCUAGUAUGGGGAAUUUUGAAUACUAUGCAGGGGUUCUCAAGUUUGUGUACUCCAGAAUUGUUUCUUGCCUCACAGCUACAAAAUAGAACAGCUAGAGCUAGAAUUAACAUUAUUUCUGAAACAGUUUCUGGGUAAAAAAUGUAAAUCAUAGGGUCAAUUUUACUUCAAGCUAGUGUAGUGCUACAUGCAGUUUCUGCCUUUUUUUUACACAAACACCCGUAUUUUAGGAGUUGCGAUGAAUUUUCCCUUUGUUUCAGAAUAUUUUUUUCAUUCACCCCACAAUCUCCAUCUUGUCUUAAUUUUUCAUCUACUUUUGCUAACACUCUUGAUAUGCAGUUGGAACAAGCUAUAUUUCUAGCAUUUUAACCCUUUCAGUCUCUUUCAACUCUCUAAAAACAAUUUAUCAGCCACAGUUUACACGUGGAUCAGCAAUAAUGCAUCGGGUCUUAUGCUUGUGGCCCACACAGGUAAGACAUGCCCAUAGCCCUGGCCCUGGCCCAUGACAGGCACAAAAAUGUCACCCAUACCCGUUGCUAGUGGGCAUGCCCACAUCACCAGCAUCGUAACACUUUGCACAACAACUUAGUAACAGCGGAACAACUGUAGUUUCCAUUCCAAUCAAGCAAAAUUGAGAAAAUCCCCGAGAUUAAUCAAGAAUAUCCACAUAGUCAAUUUUAAAAAGAUAAACUGACAUAGCAGUAUAAUUAUAUUGUACAAAAGAAAUACAUGGGAAGUGUUCCUGGGGCCAAAUGACCGUGCUAAUUUAGGGCUCACUGGUCACCCUUGCCCAUUUACCCAGGCAUAAGAUGACACCCACAAACACAUGGAAAAUGGGUAAUUGGACCAGACUUCCAUCCAACUCGUCUGCCCGAAUGUCUGGAAUAGUCUGGUGAAGUUGUCAUGGCAGUUCACCGAAACGUUGUUCACUCCUUGGACUGAUUGGUGCGGCGACUGUCCUCAGAAACACAGAGAACCUUAUUGCCUGAUGGCCAAAUGACACCACGUUGUGGAAAAACUUUAACCACCGGACCGACGCAUUCAUCCCGAUCAUAAAGGUCAGGAUCGGUGUUGUCACGUGUGGCGAUGCCUUCCUCGUUCGCUGGUUCCCUUCUUCUUUAAAAGGAACAUGUAGGCCAGGUUUAUAUAUUACGCUGAGACGUGGCAGUUGGUUGUCUUUGGGUGCCAACCGCACAACUGUUGUCUCGGAUGGAACACACUUGCCCUUGGGAACCAUCACAUCAUGUGGAUCAACACAUUCUCGCGUUUAAGGCCAGUUUUAGGCAAUGCUCUCGUGAUUAGUUGGUGAUCUCCUUCAAAGAUUGGGCGUGUACCCAACGUUAAUGGUACAAAGUGGUUAUGUAGACUUCUUAGGGCAAGUAACUUCUAGGAUGCCCUGAUGAUUGAUUGGUUCAAUGAUCGACGUCAUACUCUUAUUAUGGUAUUUGGUUAAUUGUGCAACGUAGAAUACUCAGUCAAGAUAUUCAUAAAUAUUACAUGGACUAGAACAAGACAUUCGAAUGCACAUGACUGACGCGAAUUAUUCUGUAGAUGGAUGCAAUUCUUUUUCCAUGUACUCUUGAACAUUCAAGUUCUUCCGGAAGUUGUGUCAUACAUUUCUAACAAUUAAUCUUUCUAUAUGCUCUUCAACACCACCCUACUUCCUAACAAAUGAUGCGGGAAACCCUCGGGUAUAAUGUUAACUCUACCAUGUCUAAAAUGGUCCCAUGAAGUUGUCAUGACAUCUUUGUCACUGUCACCCUGUUAUUCAUCCUCCUAGUCAUGCUGUCGUUGUGUGUGCUCGACCAACCACCAACGAUUUUGUCAGAUGAUAAUUGGUGCCUUCACCAUGGUCUUCUGAAGCACGUGGAGGUAAAACUAAUUUCCUUUAUGAGUGUCCAAGUCGACCUGGAAACAGUUAAUCCUCAGUCAACUGUUGGUAGUCCUUGGAUCAAAAUUUUCCUUUUCUUUUCCAAUUGCACGAAUCGGACGUUUUGACCGAACAUUGUGAGUGUUCAGUCGCCUUAGGAAUAGUAAAACCCUUUCGAAAAAUGACGUUUGGAUUCAUACCGCGCGCCGUGGUUUGACCAGCUGAGUUCACACCAACGAUGCCGCUCUUACGUGGACAGCUGAAAUGUCAACUCCAAGGUACUGUCAACUCGAACCAGAAUUCAAAGCUUUGCAUUUUUCAGUCGCCCCUUUCAUUAUCAAUCUGACGUGAGUGCUGGAUCCGGUCACCAAUUUGUUAAGAAAUUAACACUAAUCCUUUGUUGCUUGUGAAGACCAAGCAUCGAUCCAGACUUUGCACUUUAACUAACAGCAUGUCAGCAUCAGCACCAGAAGUACUGAACAAGCUACGAUUAGUACAUUCUCCUUGCCAGAGCACGUACUGCAGAAGACUGCGGCCUGAUCGAUCCAUGGAUUGGCCAGCUCUCACCUGCUACACUGCCGCCCUGAUCAUUCUCUUCCUGCCGUUGCGGGCGUCCGACGAUCGGCUUGUCCCAGGCGAGCGGCUCUUCCCUGGCACCACCAUCAUCUCCGAUGACGGUACCUUUGCCUUGGGCUUCUUCAGCCCCUCCAACUCAACUCCGGCCAGCCUGUACUUGGGCAUAUGGUACAACGGCAUACCGGAGCUCACUUUUGUGUGGGUCGCCAACAGGGAGACGUCGGUCACCAACAGCACUUCCUCUGUGCCGACACUCUCCCUCACCAACACCUCCAACCUCGUUCUCUCUGAUGGUAGCAGCGGCCGUGUCGUUUGGACGACUGAUGUGGCCGAUGCCUCGAGCUCCGUGGCAGCAGCAGCGGUGCUUGAGAACACCGGCAACCUCGUCGUCCGGUCACCGAAUGGCACCAUGCUGUGGCAGAGCUUCGACCACCUCACCGACACGUUCCUUCCUGAAAUGAAGAUACGGAUCAGCUAUGCCACGCGUGGCACCGGCAUCCGCCUGGUGUCCUGGAAGGGGCCCGACGACCCAUCAUCGGGGCGCUUCUCCUACGGAGGCGACCCGGACACGCUCCUCCAGUUAUUCCUCUGGGAUGGGGCCCGCCCGGUGGCCCGCAGAGGGCCAUGGACGGGGUACCUGGUGAAAGGUGAGCACCAAUACCAGCAGGUUAAUGGCAGCUUGGCCGUCAUCAUCUACAUGGCCAUCGUCGACAACGAGGAGGAGAUCUACACCACUUACACAGUCUCUGCUGGCGCCCCACGCACAAGGUAUGUGGUGACAUACACUGGAGAUUACCAGCUCCAGAGCUGGAGUAGCAGCUCCUCCACAUGGAUUAUCCUCGACAAGUGGCCGUCCACUGAAUGCAACCGGUAUGGAUUUUGUGGUCCGUACGGCUACUGUGACCAGACAGCGAUGCCCAUGCCAUUGUGCAAAUGCCUUGAUGGCUUUGAGCCAGCAAGCACAGAUGAGUGGGCAGCUGGUAGGUUCUCAGCAGGGUGCCGGCGAAAGAAGGCACUGCGCGGAUGCGGUGACGGCUUCUUGGCCUUGGAAGAGAUGAAGGCACCAGAUAGGUUCACAAUUUCCGGCAGGAACAUGAGCACAUUGAAGGAGUGUGCAUCGGAGUGCAGUCGCAACUGCUCCUGUGUUGCGUAUGCAUUCGUCAACCUAGGCAAUGGCAGGUCCGGAGGAGAUGUGACGCGAUGCUUAUUGUGGGCGGGGGAGUUGAUUGACACAGCAAAGUAUGGCCAAGGGCUUGGCAGCGUCACGCUAUAUCUCCGGCUUGCAGGCUUAGAUGUAGCAGCUGGUAAGAAGAUAAAGAGCACCGCAGCUAUCAUUGUACUGGCAGUUUUAGGAACGGGUGUUGUGGCACUCCUAUGCAUUUUCGUGGCAUGGCUAAAAUUCAAAGGCAAGAACAGAAAAUGGAGAAAACACAAGAAGCCUACAUUUGAUCGUAUAAGUACCUCUUAUGAACUUCGGGAAGGAGACCCUCCACAUGAUCAUGAAUUUCCAUUUGUAAGUUUUGAGGAAAUUUCUCUAGCAACAAACAAUUUCUCCGAGACAUGUAUGAUUGGACAAGGGGGAUUUGGCAAGGUCUACAAGGGAUUAUUAGGUGGGCAAGAAGUUGCUGUCAAGAGGCUAAGUAGUGAUUCUCAACAAGGAACAAAGGAAUUCAGGAAUGAAGUAAUUUUAAUUGCCAAAUUGCAACACAGAAACUUGGUUCGGCUUCUCGGAUGUUGUGGGGAGGGAGAUGAAAAGUUGCUGAUCUAUGAGUAUCUUCCUAACAAAAGCUUAGAUGCUACCCUUUUUGAUGAUUCAAGAAGAAUGAAGUUGGAUUGGACAUCACGGUUUAAUAUAAUCAAAGGGGUUGCAAAGGGACUUCUGUAUCUCCACCAAGAUUCAAGACUAACUAUAAUUCAUAGGGAUCUCAAAGCCGGAAACGUUUUGCUAGAUGCAGAGAUGAAACCGAAGAUAGCAGACUUCGGUAUGGCGAGGAUCUUUGGCGAUAACCAACAAGAUGCAAGCACCCAACGUGUUGUGGGAACAUAUGGAUACAUGGCCCCAGAAUAUGCAAUGGAAGGUGUCUUCUCCACCAAGUCUGAUGUCUACAGCUUUGGUGUCCUAGUACUUGAGGUCGUGACUGGUAUAAAAAGAAGCUCCAGUAGUCACAUCAUGGGCUUCCCUAGCCUCAUUGUGUAUUCAUGGAAUAUGUGGAGGGAAGGAAAGACAGAUGAAUUGGUGGACAAAUAUACCAUGGAUACUUGUUCACUGGAUGAAGUUUUGAUUUGCAUCCAUGUAGCACUCCUGUGUGUCCAGGAUAAUCCAGAUGACAGGCCACUCAUGUCGUCCGUUGUGUUCAUCCUAGAGAACGGAAGCAACACACUUCCACUCCCCACUUGCCCUGCCUACUUUACACGUCGACAUGCAGAAAUGGAGCAAAUUAGAGAUGAUAUCCAGAACUCCGGGACCAGUUUUACUCUCACUGAGAUUGAGGGGAGAUGAAAUAACUAUAAUUUUAUUUAGACAUGUUGCAGCGCCUUUCCAAGAAAAACAUCUUCCAAUUGUUCUCCGGAUGGUCAAGCUUCAGCUGUUUGGAAGUCAUCAUCUUCAAAAAAAAAAAUUGUAUUUCAUUUUGUUGCCUUGUUUAUAUGGAAAGAAAAUAAAAAUACUUAGAUAAUAUCAUGAACUUUCAAACUGACAACAUAACAGCAAAAGGACUCAAUGGAUUAAUUAGGUAGGGAGUUGCUUUCACUGACAACAUAAUAUCAUGAACUUUCAAACUGACAACAUAACAUUAGAA